GGACAACUUACGUGUCGUGUGGUGUUAAACUGACGCAAACGCUACCCCUUUUCAUAGCUAUUACUAAAACAUAAUUCAAAGUCUACCUUGGCAAAUAACCUGCUUGUUGAAAGAGCUACAAUACAUUUGACUAUUGGUACAGUGAUUAUAGCCUGUGUACGAGAGCAAUAAUUGUUGUAAUUUUCUGGAAUUACAUCGUGUGAAAUAAAACAAUAUAGUGCUUGUGUCUCUCGAAAUAAUUCAAACUUAAAAGCUGAGAGAUAAAACAGAAAAAAAAAAAGGAAACAGAAAUUGGUAUAAAAAGCAAAACGAAAAAAAAAAGAAAAGACGAAGAAAAUACUGUAUCUGACAUAUACCUGACAACACACACCUCUAACAAGGAUUUUAACGGCGAGAAAACGUGACCAAGAAGACACAUUAAGGGAUAUUAUGGCGAAAAUAAUUUUCCGAAAACAAUGACAACCAGCGUCGCUUUACCACGGUACAGCCGCUACGGUGACAGCACGACGAAUACAGUCCAGGCGAAUCCGUCCUUAGAUAAUUAUAGCCAAGACUACACCGGAGGCUACGCUCAAGACUAUUCAGGAGGAUACGCUCAAGACUAUUCAGGAGGCUACGGUCAAGACUAUUCCGGAGGCUACACCCAAGACAACACUGGAGGCUAUUCUCAAGACUACAACGGAGGAUACACGCAAGACUACACAGCUGAUAAUUACUACGGAGAUCCCAUCAGCGGGACAGAGUACAACAAUAAUUACAGCACGUACGACACCUACAGCCGCCCGGAUCCCUCCUACCAGUACAACGCGGAAACCGGAGGGCAGGACACCUUCGGAAACUACGACUCACAAGCCAACAACAGCACCUACUUAGACAACUACCCAGAGUACGACUUCGCGACGGACGGCAACACUUACAACUCCUACGUCAGGCAGGCCGACACACUUCGCCAGGAGGAGGAGGACUUCACUGGCGAGACCGAGACCAAGGGGGCUUAUCCGACCUACGACCACUACGGCGCGUCUCGUCCGCAGGCGAAACAACAACAAGUAUAUCUUCAAGGUAAAGAGGAGUUGGAGAGUGGCACUGAAUACAAGUAUAGAUACCAAAAUUAUGAUACAGUUCGACCAGAAAAGUAUGUACAAGGUUCAAAUAUUGUUGUUGAAGGGGAAUUUGGCGAAGCAACAGAAAACCAGGAUAAAUAUCGUGAACUUCAAGUCAACCGUCCAACCUUGCAAAAACAAGGCGCUAAUCUCCAAACUGAAGGACAGUUUGAAGAAAAUACACAAUACCAAAAUGACUACAUAAAGAAAGAAAGCAAGAAGCGGCGCAAUCAAAAGAAAAAUGAUAAUCUUAAACAGGAAGGCCAGAUUGAUGAAAUAACGGAAACACAGGAUAAGCAUCGCCAAUUCGAUUCUCAACGUCCUGUGGUACUGAAACAAGGAACUAAUCUCACAACAGAAGGAGAUUUUUCAAAAGAUACAGAAUAUCACAAGGAAUUUGUGGAGAGAGAAGCGAGGAGAAGAACCGCAAAGAAGAACUAUGACAACCUGAAACAAGAAGGUGACUUUGGUGAAAUCACAGAGACACAAGACAGACAUCGUCAGUUUGAUUCCCAACGAACUUUAGCUCCAAGACAGGGAGCCAAUCUUACUACAGAAGGAGACUUUUCCAAGGAUACUGAAUAUGAUAAAGAAUUCAGUCAAAAAGGGGCAACAAAAAGAACAGCAAAAAAGAAAAUUGACAAUUUGAAACAAGAAGGUGACUUUGGUGAAAUCACAGAGACACAUGACAGACAUCGUCAGUUUGAUUCCCAACGCACUUUAGCUCCGAGACAGGGAGCCAAUCUUACUACAGAAGGAGAAUUUUCCAAGGAUACAGAAUAUUACAAACAGUUUGUACAAAAAGGAGCAGAAAGGCGAACAGGAAAGAAGAAAAAUGACAAUCUGAAACAAGAAGGUCAGUUUGGUGAGAUAACAGAAACACAGGAUAAGCAUCGCCAGUUUGAAACUCAACGCACUUUGGCCCCAAGACAAGGAGCCAAUCUUACAACAGAAGGAGACCUUUCCAAGGACACAGAAUAUUAUAAAGAAUUUGGCCAAAAAGGAGGGAAAAGGAGAACAGCCAAAAAAAAUAAUGACAAUCUGAAACAAGAAGGAGAUUUUGGCGAAAUCACAGAAACACAUGACAAACAUCGCCAGUUGGAGUCUAAACGCACUUUGGCUCCAAGACAGGGAGCCAAUCUUACAACUGAGGGGGACUUCUCUAAGGAUACAGAAUAUUACAAUGAAUUUGCCCAAAAAGGAGGCAGACGAAGAACAGGGAAGAAAAACAGUGACCAUCUGAAACAAGAAGGAGAUUUCGGCGAAGUAACAGAAACACAUGACAAACAUCGCCAGUUGGAGUCUAAACGUACUCUGGCUCCAAGACAGGGAGCUAAUCUUACAACUGAGGGGGAAUUUUCCAAGGAUACAGAAUAUUACAAUGAAUUUGCCCAAAAAGGAGGCAGAAGAAGAACAGGGAAGAAAAACAGUGACCAUCUGAAACAAGAAGGAGAUUUCGGCGAAGUAACAGAAACACAUGACAAACAUCGUCAGUUUGAUUCUCAACGCACUUUGGCUCCAAGACAGGGAGCCAAUCUUACAACUGAGGGAGACUUUUCCAAGGAUACAGAAUAUUACAAGGAGUUUGUCCAGAGAGAAACACGAAAAAGGACUGGCAAGAAAAAUAGUGACAACUUAAAACAAGAAGGAGAUUUCGGCGAAAUCACAGAGACACACGACAAACAUCGCCAGUUGGACUCUAAACGUACUUUGGCUCCAAGACAAGGAGCCAAUCUUACAACUGAGGGGGACUUCUCUAAGGAUACAGAAUAUUACAAUGAAUUUGCCCAAAAAGGAGGCAGACGAAGAACAGGGAAGAAAAAUAGUGACAACUUAAAACAAGAAGGAGAUUUCGGCGAAGUAACAGAAACACAUGACAAACAUCGCCAGUUGGAGUCUAAACGUACUUUGGCUCCAAGACAAGGAGCCAAUCUUACAACUGAGGGGGAAUUUUCCAAGGAUACAGAAUAUUACAAUGAAUUUGCCCAAAAAGGAGGCAGAAGAAGAACAGGGAAGAAAAACAGUGACCAUCUGAAACAAGAAGGAGAUUUCGGCGAAGUAACAGAAACACAUGACAAACAUCGCCAGUUUGAUUCUCAACGCAUUUUGGCUCCAAGACAGGGAGCCAAUCUUACAACUGAGGGAGACUUUUCCAAGGAUACAGAAUAUUACAAUGAAUUUGCCCAAAAAGGAGGCAGACGAAGAACAGGGAAGAAAAAUAGUGACAACUUAAAACAAGAAGGAGAUUUCGGCGAAAUCACAGAGACACACGACAAACAUCGCCAGUUGGACUCUAAACGUACUUUGGCUCCAAGACAAGGAGCCAAUCUUACAACUGAGGGGGAAUUUUCCAAGGAUACAGAAUAUUACAAUGAAUUUGCCCAAAAAGGAGGCAGAAGAAGAACAGGGAAGAAAAACAGUGACCAUCUGAAACAAGAAGGAGAUUUCGGCGAAGUAACAGAAACACAUGACAAACAUCGCCAGUUUGAUUCUCAACGCAUUUUGGCUCCAAGACAGGGAGCCAAUCUUACAACUGAGGGAGACUUUUCCAAGGAUACAGAAUAUUACAAUGAAUUUGCCCAAAAAGGAGGCAGACGAAGAACAGGGAAGAAAAACAGUGACAACUUAAAACAAGAAGGAGAUUUCGGCGAAGUAACAGAAACACAUGACAAGCAUCGCCAGUUGGAGUCUAAACGUACUUUGGCUCCAAGACAAGGAGCCAAUCUUACAACUGAGGGGGAAUUUUCCAAGGAUACAGAAUAUUACAAUGAAUUUGCCCAAAAAGGAGGCAGAAGAAGAACGGGGAAGAAAAACAGUGACCAUCUGAAACAAGAAGGAGAUUUCGGCGAAGUAACAGAAACACAUGACAAACAUCGCCAGUUGGAGUCUAAACGUACUUUGGCUCCUAGACAAGGAGCCAAUCUUACAACUGAGGGGGAAUUUUCCAAGGAUACAGAAUAUUACAAUGAAUUUGCCCAAAAAGGAGGCAGACGAAGAACAGGGAAGAAAAACAGUGACCAUCUGAAACAAGAAGGAGAUUUCGGCGAAGUAACAGAAACACAUGACAAACAUCGCCAGUUGGAGUCUAAACGUACUUUGGCUCCAAGACAAGGAGCCAAUCUUACAACUGAGGGGGAAUUUUCCAAGGAUACAGAAUAUUACAAUGAAUUUGCCCAAAAAGGAGGCAGAAGAAGAACAGGGAAGAAAAACAGUGACCAUCUGAAACAAGAAGGAGAUUUCGGCGAAGUAACAGAAACACAUGACAAACAUCGUCAGUUUGAUUCUCAACGCACUUUGGCUCCAAGACAGGGAGCCAAUCUUACAACUGAGGGGGAAUUUUCCAAGGAUACAGAAUAUUACAAUGAAUUUGCCCAAAAAGGAGGCAGAAGAAGAACAGGGAAGAAAAACAGUGACCAUCUGAAACAAGAAGGUCAGUUUGGCGAAGUAACAGAAACACAUGACAAACAUCGUCAGUUUGAUUCUCAACGCAUUUUGGCUCCAAGACAGGGAGCCAAUCUUACAACUGAGGGAGACUUUUCCAAGGAUACAGAAUAUUACAAUGAAUUUGCCCAAAAAGGAGGCAGACAAAGAACAGGGAAGAAAAACAGUGACAACUUAAAACAAGAAGGAGAUUUCGGCGAAGUAACAGAAACACAUGACAAGCAUCGCCAGUUGGAGUCUAAACGUACUUUGGCUCCAAGACAAGGAGCCAAUCUUACAACUGAGGGGGAAUUUUCCAAGGAUACAGAAUAUUACAAUGAAUUUGCCCAAAAAGGAGGCAGACGAAGAACAGGGAAGAAAAACAGUGACCAUCUGAAACAAGAAGGAGAUUUCGGCGAAGUAACAGAAACACAUGACAAACAUCGUCAGUUUGAUUCUCAACGUACUCUUGCUCCAAAGCAAGAAGCCAAUCUCAAAACAGAAGGGGACUUGUCAAAAGAUACAGAAUAUUACAAGGAGUUUGUCCAGAGAGAAACACGGAGAAGGACUGGCAAGAAAAAUAGUGACAACCUCAAACAAGAAGGAGAUUUCGGCGAAGUAACAGAAACACACGACAAACAUCGCCAGUUGGAUUCUAAACGUACUUUGGCUCCAAGACAAGGAGCCAAUCUCAAAACUGAAGGGGACCUGUCUAAGGAUACAGAAUAUUACAAUGAAUUUGCCCAAAAAGGAGGCAGACGAAGAACAGGGAAGAAAAACAGUGACCAUCUGAAACAAGAAGGUCAGUUUGGCGAAGUAACAGAAACACAUGACAAACAUCGUCAGUUUGAUUCUCAACGUACUCUUGCUCCAAAGCAAGAAGCCAAUCUCAAAACAGAAGGGGACUUGUCAAAAGAUACAGAAUAUUACAAGGAGUUUGUCCAGCGAGAAACAAGAAGGAGGACUGGCAAGAAAAAUAAUGACAACUUAAAACAAGAAGGAGAUUUCGGCGAAAUCACAGAAACACAGGACAAACACCGCCAGUUAGAUUCUAAACGUACUUUGGCUCCAAGGCAAGGAGCAAAUCUCAAAACAGAAGGAGACCUGUCAAAGGAUACAGAGUAUUACAAGGAGUUUGUCCAAAGAGAAACAAGAAAAAGAACAUCAAAUAAAAAUAACGAUCAUCUGAAACAAGAAGGCCAGUUUGGUGAAAUCUCAGAGACCCAUGACAGGCAUCGACAGCUUGAUCCCAAAUGUCCUGUGGAUAUGUUACUAGAAGAAGGAAAACUACCCAAGGAACUUACCAAGAGAAGUUCAAGAAAUAAAACCGUUAAGAUAAAUAAUGAUGAAACUGGUGGCACAAAACCAAAACUUGGAGCUGACGGCCACGUAUGGUUGGCUGGAGCUGAACUUCCUAUUCAGGGAAAUUCAGAAAAUAGGCUUUCCAAGUUAACUAGCAUGAAAGUUCCCACGGCUUGUAAGCCAAGGAAAGGUCAUAUUAUGAGUCUUGAUGUAGAACUUAUUGAAGACAAGUAG